AUGAGCCACUCCCGCAUGUGUAUCAGCUUGACAGUCGCGGGAUUUAACCCGAUAGAGUACGGUUUCCAAACGCCAUUACUCUGGGGCAUAUUCUUAGCGCAAUCUAGAGAAGAAAUCAAUAUCAGCAGUCAGUCCAUUACAACAUUUAGAGCGUCAACCUCCACGGCUCAGAGAAAAUCUAAGUUUCUGAGUCUCAUUCGCCAUAUUGGUAACGCCAUCGCAACUUUGGAAGGUGCUUCUGAGUUUUCUUCACUGCCUACAACAGUCAUCUCCCAAGUAGACGGUGAAACAGCCGAGUUUCUUGGGAGAGGAAAAACAUUCCAUGUCUCACGUCUUCCCCUGCCGGGAACACUUGAAUUGAAGAACUCAUGGCCGAAAAGGCUGGUCGUCCAGCCACCAGUUGGUAACCUGUUACCGAGAACUUACCACGCUAACCCCAUCACAUGUAAGAGACCCAUGAUCGAGUUUGAUAGUUUCGGAAAUCCAAAGGAAGGCGCAGUCGAAGAGAGGUUGGAGGCAGUAAUCCUUGAGGUUCGGGUCUUGACCCACCCGCCGAUGUAUUUCCAUAAAAACAUUGUCGACUUUCUAGGAAUCAGUUGGCAGUGUGAGCUACCGGAGGUUGAGCCUGGGCAAACAGAAACAGAUCUUCCUCCACCCAAGCGAGUGCCUGUCAUACUUCUCGAAUAUGCAAAGCAUGGAUCUUUGGAAGAUUUCAUGCAAACCACUUUGUAUGACGCGAUGUCAUUUGAUGGAAGAGUGAGUCUUUGUCGGGACAUUGCGGAGGGUCUUGCAGUUCUCCACAAACACCAGGUUGUACACGGAGAUAUAAAGCCUGACAAUAUUUUGAUAUUCGAGGCCGAUGAGAAGGAUACCAGUGUUUCGAAGGCCUUUGGGCUACGAGCGAAGCUUGCAGACUUUGGGUUCAGUGUUGGGUUUUCGGGGGACAACGGUACAGAGAAGUUCAGUUUGAAAGGACGUACAUGGCCUUGGAAUGAUCCGGAAUGGAAUAAGCCACGCACCUGGACUCAAUUGAAAAAGUCGGAUGUAUUUUCCUACGGAUUACUAGUCUGGACUUUACUUGCGAAAAAGGAUAUUGGGGCGCUGUUUGACUUGGAGGGGAAGGAUUAUGAUAGAAAUAAUCCAGAAAUUAGAGAUGAGAUUGAAAGACUGAAGGAUUGGACGUUAAGCUCGAAUGCGUCGACUUAUUUUAAACAUAGCGGCAAGGUGAUCGAAACAUUGGUUCAAUGCCUAUUCCGAUGCUCGCUGGAACCAGAUGCGGAUAGGCGAGGAUCGAUGGAGGAUAUUCUACGAAUCUGGGAUACAUGGUUCUUUGGUGACGGUCCUUAUGUCCCCAUUCCCCCAGGCACCACUCUUCGUCCCGAGCUAGGUCUUCAACGUAUCGAAACUGUUUCGUUCCAACGUAUCGUCGGGGGCAUUCGUCUGUUUCCGGUUUCAAUCAAAAAGGAGUUUACAGAGAUCUGCUUUGAUCAAAACCUUCCUCCCGAUGAAAGAUGCCAGGCAAAAGUCUUCCGGGCCUUCUCCCUUCUCAUGGGAUGGGUGGAUAAGCCGGACUUCCCAGAGGCGAAGCGUCUUAUAGACGAGUGCGCAUCCACGCACCCUCCCGUGGCGAUAUUUCAACCAAUGUUCUUUGAGAUGAGUGAAUCUAGGAGUUUUACAUCCGCCUCCCAAGGAAAGUGCACAGAAUAUGAGCAGCAGGCAUUCAAGAGCCUUAUGACUAUGGCACAUACUUCAAACAGUUACGAGGUCUUCCAACAACUUAUGCGAUACUUCCCGAUGCCGAAAAAUGCAUCGUACAGUCGCCUUCGCAGUCUAAAUUACAGAAUACACUUAUAUGGUAUUCCAGAAUUGGCUUAUUCAGAUGCAUUUUCCCAAGAAACGGACCUUGAUGAGCUUGUAGCUAUACAGAUGGCCGAUAUCGAGAGAUUUCACAGGACAGCAAAGGUUUUGGCCUUAGGUCACAGCGCGUUUCAUUAUGCGGUUUCUUCCGGCUUUGUAGAGGCUGUUGACCUGCUUUUACAGACAGAGGGAUUUCGGACGGAGUUCCUCGAGUUCAAAGACGCCCUUGGAUUUACACCUCUUCUAUCGGCAUGCCGACUAGGGAACUUCAGGAUCGCGAAGCUUCUUAUCGGUGCCGGGUCAAAUGUCACAGCAAAGACCAGCUAUGGAGAAACUAUCUUACACUUCCUUUGCGAGUUCGAGCCGGAUGAGAUGAGCGAGAUUGCGGAUGUGAUUAUGGCUCUGGGUGGCUCCACUCUAGUCAACACAGUCUGUACCGAGCGUUACUUCCCUCAUGAAUUUGUUUCAGCUAUGAUGUAUCUGAUUGGGCCUCCCUUAAACACUGCUAUCAUGAGAGGCAACAUCAAAUUGAUUAAAAUCCUCCUCAAGUACGGAGCUAGCCCGGUGCGAGGACGAGUGUAUGGGGACUGCCCUUUGGAAAUUGCUGCGUCUGCUCACUGCGCUGACGCAUUGAGGAUCUUCUGGAAUGCCUUCCCCGAAGCCCAGGAAUGGAGGGAUGGCAGGCUAUUGAGAGCUGCGAUCCGUGGGUUUGCAGAAUUCCAGAAGCAAUACUUCCAUGGACCCCUCAGGACAAAGAUGAUGCAGGAUACCAUCGACAUUCUUAUAGAUAGGCUUCUAGAGGCCGGGCUCACUUUGACAAUAGGCGAUGUUCCGCUCAUUCAUUAUGCCACCAAGGUUGGUACGGUGCAGCUUGUAGAACAUAUCCUCAUAAGGACCGACGCGAUGGAUAUCAAUACCUACUGUCAAGAGAAGACGCCAAUCCAUGUUGCCAUUGAGAGAGGUACAAACGAGCUCUUUCAUCUAUUGAUUAAGUAUGGCUCAAACCUAUAUCUCAAAAUGGAGGGUCGAUCAUGUUUGUCACGAUGUGCCCUGGGUAUGGGCUCGACAAGCGAGAUGCAAGAAUACCUUCUUGGGUGCGGCGUUGGUAGAGAGGCUGAUGGAAGCUAUCCUGAUGCAUUGACGGAUGCGGUCGGUACGGGUAAGCUGAAGGAUGCUUCGGCUUUACUGGCUGCAGGAGCUUCUAUUGACGAAUUGACAACUAAAGGCGGGGGCUGGACUACGUUUGGGUUGAUUGUACGAACAUGUGGGUACAACUCUGUAGCGUUUAUGACUUUCCUAUUCGACCAUCAAUUAGCCCUUGGACGGAAACCCGCAGGCUUUAUGGCACUACCGAUGGUGGGGUGGACCGUGUUGCACGUAGCUGCUCUUAUUCCUUUCACCACUCCUUUCUACGAUCGUGUAAUCUUAUCAAAUGUUCUCGACUAUCUUCUCGACAAGUUCUGCUCCCCUGAACACCUCAACGCCCAGGAUAUGGACGGGUACACGCCCCUUCAUCUUGCUGCACAGAAUGGAAAUCCUAUGCUUAUCCGAAGACUACUGGCAUUCGACGCAAUUGACAUCACGAUCAGAUCACAUGAUGGAAAGUCCGUAUACGAUUGCGCUCUAGAACAUGAAUCUAUGGGCGUUCCUGAGAUCAUAUCUAACAUGGGGGUUCGGGCUGUGAAAAGUUACACCGACGAUAUGCGUGAUACAAUAGCCCUACUACACCCGUUGAGAGGGUAUUGA